AUGCAGAAGUCCCGUACCAUCAACUCUGCCCUAGCCCGGCCAUUCGCGCCCCGGGUUCAGGUUCAGUUCCAGCGCCGCAGCCUCCAGGAUGUAGCCAUCACCCGCACUGGCAAGCCGCUGGUGAAGGUCCAGGGUGGCCGAUCCUCGCUUGGAGGUCACACUGCGACCGUCUUCGGUGCCACUGGUUUCCUUGGUCGUUACAUUGUCAACAAGCUCGCUCGCCAGGGAUGCACCGUUGUCGUUCCUUACCGUGAGGAGAUGGCGAAGAGACACUUGAAGGUCACUGGUGAUCUUGGCCGUGUUGUGUUCAUGGAAUACGACCUGCGCAACACCCAGUCCAUCGAGGAGAGCGUUCGUCACUCCGACAUUGUCUACAACCUUGUCGGCCGCCAAUACCCCACCAAGAACUUCACCUACGAGGAUGUCCAUGUCGACGGUGUUGAGCGCAUCGCGGAUGCCGUCGCUAAGUACGAUGUCGACCGCUUCGUUCACGUUUCCUCCUACAAUGCCCGCCGGGACUCGCCCUCCGAGUACUUCGCUACCAAGGCCUGGGGUGAGGAGGUCGCCCGCAACAUCUACCCCGAGACCACCAUCGUCCGUCCCGCUCCCAUGUUCGGUUUCGAGGACAACCUCCUCCACAAGCUGGCCAAGGUUGGCAACGUCUUCACUGCCAACCACAUGCAGGAGCGCUACUGGCCCGUCCACGCCAUCGACGUCGGAACCGCUCUGGAGCGCAUGCUGCACGACGACACCACCGCCGGUCAAACAUUCGAGCUGUAUGGACCCAAGAACUACUCGACCGCCGAGAUCGCUGAGCUGGUCGACCGCGAGAUCAUCAAGAAGCGCCGUCACAUCAACGUCCCCAAGCCCAUCCUCAAGCCCCUCGCCCACUACCUCAACAAGUAUCUCUGGUGGCACACCAUGUCCGCUGACGAGGUGGAGCGCGAGUUCCUCGACCAGGAGAUCGACCCCACAGCCAAGACCUUCAAGGACCUGGGCAUGGAGGAGACUGCCGACCUGGCCAACCUGACCUUCCACUACCUACAGGGCUACCGCAGUGCUUCUUACUAUGACCUUCCUCCCGCCACGGAGCGUGAGGCUCGUGAGGAAAAGAAGUACCUGCACGUGCUGGACGAUCAGUAG